AGCUUUGCAUUGAUAUUGUAAACAGAAUAAGAAUAAUUAUGUCCUUAGUUUAGUGUUAAGGUGUGCCACACGGUGCGGAGAAAGUAUUUUCCUGCUUCGGGAAGGGUGGGGCGCAGGGCGGCUGGCCCCCGCUAGAGGAGAAACUCCAGUCGGCUAGUUCCUGAGCUGAACCCGUCAGCUACCGCAAUUAAUUAAUGUCUUCGUGUGACAUUUGCACUUUGUCGGCGCACACACUUCACUUUUACGCUUAUUCGACACUGGUAGUCUGAAAAAAAUGCAGGCCGACAAAAUGUCAGAGCCUGCGGUGGCCGACACUCGCCGGCUGAAUUCCAAGCCCCAGGACUUGACGGACGCUUACGGUCCACCCAGCAAUUUUCUGGAGAUAGACGUUUUUGAUCCACAAGUCGUUGGAGUCGGGCGGCAACGAUACACGAUGUAUAAAGUUCGAAUGCGGACGAACCUUCCUAUUUUCAAGCAGAAGGAGUCCUGUGUGACCAGACGAUACAGUGACUUUGAGUGGUUAAAGAAAGAACUGGAAAGAGACAGCAAGAUCGUAGUACCACCUCUCCCAGGUAAAGCCCUGAAGAGACAGUUGCCGUUCCGUAGCGAUGAGGGGCUUUUUGAGGAGUCUUUCAUUGAGGAGCGGCGGUCAGGCUUGGAGCAAUUCAUCAACAGAAUUGCCGGUCACCCUCUGGCCCAAAAUGAACGCUGUCUCCACAUGUUUCUGCAAGAAGCCGAGAUUGACCGUAACUACAUUCCCGGAAAAGUACGACAUUAGGCACUAGGGGGGUAGAUGGGUGGGAGGUGGAUGUUUUAAUUGUAACAUCUUCUGGGACGGACGUCACUCCGAUUGUUGGAGUAUGUCUGUGUAUUUCUGUGGCUUGUCUCUCCUCCUUUUGUUUUAUAAACUAUACAAACCCAAAGGUAGUUUGAUUGUACAGUGAAGUUCUUGGUUUUUUAAUGCUAAACGCUACAUUUUCCGUCAUGAGUGUCAUAUAUUCAUGAUUGUAAUAUACUGUGAAUAAACUAGAAUAAUGUCUAAAUAAGUGUGUUGGCGCUAAUGUGUGUGUAUCAUGCAUAUGGACUGUCACUAAGAUUUCUGAUCCUCUUUUGUUCUCUUUGUGUGUUUGUUUUAGGUAUGAGUGACGUAAGUGUACCUUGUUUUAAUCCUUUCCUGGAAGUUGUUUAGUUGCAUGGCAUUUUUGUGAUAUUUCCACAAUUCAUUUUUAGUUUUGUUAUCAAUUGAUAACUAUUUUUAACCCUGACAAAAACAUUGCAAAGAUGAGAGCAUUCUGCAAGUAUUACAGUCUAACCUCAAUCAAGCUGUGUGAACUAUUAAACGGUUAAAAUAAACACAUUUCCCUCCUAACCAACGCUGAUACAUGAGUCACAGUCAACUGCACGAAUAACCGCCAGCUGCAUGGCAAACUUGCACGCUUUUAGUUAUAUUUUUUGCUGCAAUUAACUAUGUUAGUCGUUGGCUAAUGAUUUCCUGUGCUUCGUUUUGUUCAGUCUGUUGAGGUGCUUUGUGUAUUUUCUGUUGCUAUAACGUCUCUAAAGUUUCACUUUGAAAUGAGCAAAAUCUUCAGCUGAGGCAAAUAGAAGUCAUCCGAUUGCAUCAAUAAAAUAGCUUUCUACAAUGCAUGUCAUAUAUGACGUGUUUAUACAAUUAGUGUUACACUAGCUUCCAAAAGUGAGAACACAAGAUUGAUAAGUAUUUUAGUACAUCUUAUCAAGUGGCAAUUCUAUUGAAAUGAAACCCGGAUAUAACUUAGCCAGUGUACAGCUUGUGUAGCAGUAUAGAUCACUACUGAAAAUGACUCAACACACAGCCAUUGUCUAAAUAACUGGCAACACAAGUGAAUACGCCUCACAGAGAACAUGUCCAAGGUGUGAAUAUUUCAGGUCUUGGCCACUCCAUCACCUUCAGCUUCCUUAGCAAGGGACUUGUCAUCUUGAAGGUGUGUUUGGGCUCCUUGUGUUGGAAAACUGUCAUGUGGCCAAGUUUCCCAAGGGAGAGUAUCAUGCUCUGCUUCAUAAUGUCACAUGGCAUAUUGGAAUUCAUGUUUCCCCUCUGUGAACUGCAGCACUCAUGCAGCCCAAGACCACAACACCACGACCACCAUGCUUGACUGUAGGCAAGACACAAUUAUCCUGCUACUCACUUGUGUUGCCAGCUAUUUAGACAAUAAUGGCUGCUGUUUUUUUCGGUUGAUUGUAAAACUGUACUACAGUACUUUCAAAGCUGUAGACUGACUACUAUAAAGUAUAUGUUUCAUUUCUAUAGUAUUGUCCCUUAAGAUAUACUGUAAUAAAAAUGGUAGUGUGUCAUACUGUAUGUCUAUUUAUGGUAAACUGUCGGCUGCAGUUCUUUUAUUCAUGACCUCCAUUAGCUGCUUGGAAGUCAAAAAUUUGUGUCAACACAAGAGUCACAUAGUUUUUUAUUUAUAUACUGAAGCCCCCCCUCCAAUACUUCCCAAUCAGCGUGCAAAUGCUCAACCCUUAUAAAUUAUUUUGCAACAUGCAAACUGCUGUGAAGGACUGAAGUCACUAGCAAGACACUGUCUACUAACACAAAAGCAAUCUGCACAUCAUGUGCUACACCUGCAAGAACUAUUACAAAAUCCUCCCACACAAAGAUGAUAAUGCUGGGUAAAUUCAGGAAUGUGUUUAAUAUUGUGGUUGUUACAGGGAAGUUAAAAUACAACUGAACCUCUAAAGUUGAACACACGCUGUGAUGCUGAUGGCCUUUUUAACUCUCAAAACAAUUAUAUUCCAUAGGAAAUGUAAAGGGAAUUAAUUCGUUCCAGGGUCAAACUGUCGCCAUCAUACGACGUUUUCAUACAUUUGACUGAUAACUGAUAUACUGUAAAGUAAAACUUCUCCCCAUUUCAAGACGGGUAACGGAGAAGGAGCAAGAAGGUGUUUGCAGACCAAUACUGUCACCUAGUGGCGUCUUAUAGCUAUUGAACUCCAAUUAGACAUUGGAGGUUCCACGGCUGCGAGUUGAGCGUGGCAAAAUAUUACAAACAGUAUGAUGACGUACAACCACAAUAAUAAACAUAUUGUGAACUGAAUACCUCA